AUGGAUCCUAUCAGCAUCUCGGCGUUCACCAUGACGCUUGUCGGCGUUGCAGGCAAGGUCGUGGAGGGCACCGCCAAGUUUGUGGAGGAGACGAGGGUGAUAGACUCGAGCAUUCGCGACUUCCACGAGACGAUCCGAAAUCUCUACGCUGCGCUGCGCAACGUGGCCCGAACACUCGACCAGCAUCCGACGCAACUUCCCUUUGAAAGGGAACACCACCAGGACAUUUAUCGCAUUCUCAAGUCAUGCAGUGGCGCACUCGAGAGGUUGAGAUCAGCGCUUCCGGAGCUGGCGCAGAACCCGGGUCCGAUUGCGAGGGCUCGAGCUAGCUUCGCAGCGACCUUGAAGACGAACGUCAUUCGCGACCUCGUAUCGCACAUCACUUCAUAUACGCAGGUUCUCCAGCUGAGUCUGAUAACUCUUUCUCUCGGUUCUGUCUGGAACCAACAAAAGUCACAAGACCAGGUUCAUUUCGAGAUUAGAAAGUUGACCGAUGCCAUCCGAUCUGCAAAUCUCGUUUCGCGGACUCCCACGACGACAAGACGAGCAUCGACGGAGUGGGAGGAUGAUGAUGGAACCAGAGUGGAGGAUUCGCUGUCAGUGACAAAGGACAUCCAAGCCUGGAGGAUGUCCGCAGAUGAGGUCGCAGCCGCCGUUACGCUGCAUGACGCCGAAAGAGACCCGUCGCUGUUGUCUUUCGGCUCGUCGUUCACAAAUCUAUCGACCGUCAAAGAGGCUGGCUUGAAAGAGUCGACGAGCGACGUGGACUCGGACGACUGGGACCCGGAGCCCGAGAGGAAAGAUGGGCCAAGCAAAGACAUCCUAAGGCAUCAGUACGAGGCCAACCAAGAUAUUGUAGGUCAGCUGGUCAAGUGCGGCAUUUUUCUCCGAGCGUCACUAUACCAGAAAAGGGGGAUCGAACUUCGAGAACAGCUCAGUCAGCCAGGGUAUGACCAGGAAUUCGCGUUUUCGGAACAAGCAGCCAUGAAGGAGAGACUGGCAGAGAUUCUUCUCCGUUGCGAGACCGAGGACGAAACGACAGAGGCAAAAGCCAUCCUGCAGAAGCUGCUGCAAGAGGAAGUGAAGCAGUCCGAUGACCAGAGAGACGACGAGCGCCGUAGCAGGCUAUACCAUGAUCUCGGCAGCCUCUACAUCAAGCUUGGGAGUCUGAAGCAGGCAAAGACUUUCUUGAGUCGAGCACUCGAAGGCAGAAAGAAUCAAGCGCCCAUGCCUGUCGAUCUUGUGUUAGAGACUGCCAACCUAUACAUCAAAGCGUUGCAACUUGCCGAGGCAUACGAUGAAGCUCGCGGAGUGAAGAACUGGGUUGACACAGAUGUCCUACCGCUCACGGAUCGACCAGCUUCACCUCCAGCUCCAGACACUCGAAGACCGUCGGCAAUGGGGGAGCUUUCCUUGGUAUACGCCUGGUGCAGCCAGAACGGAUUUGACAUUGACGCGAGCGGCUUCCACUUCGAUGUCUGCGACUUCAUGACGCGUACCUCGCCACUCCACAAGGCCAUACAGGAUGAAAAUAUCGAGACUUUGAAGUUGAUGAUCGGCCAUGUCACCAGCCUCGAGAAUGGCGGCAACGUCGGAAAACCAACGCCAUUGUUGCUCGCAGCCGCGACCAGGAAUCGCGAAGUGGUCGGUUUGUUGCUGAAGCACAAGGCCCGAGUUGACGUCAGAGAUAGCGGCGGACUAAGUCCUCUUCACAAGUGCCAGAGCGAAUCUGGUGGCGUCAACGUCGCGCAGCUGCUGCUUGACCACACUCCAGAGCUUCUAGACUUGGUAGACAACUCGGGCAAAACAGCUCUGUACAUGGCUUGCGAAAUGGGUAAUAAGGGAAUGGUGCGCUUUCUGCUGACUCAAGGAGCCGAUCCGAACAUCUGCCAUUCGGCGAGAACAGGGCCAGCAUCAUCGCCGAUGGACACCAACAUCUGCACGCCUUUGAUUGCUGCCAUUCAGGUCGUGGCCACAAGAAGCUCUCGCAAGAUUGCCAUAAUCGAUAUGCUCCUCUCUCACGGAGCAAACCCGCACCUGACCGACGCCAAUGGGAGAAACGCCUUCCAAGCGGCCAAUAAUUCCGGGUUGGCGGGAUCAGAAAUCAAGCGGCUCCUCCAGCAGCACGCGCAGAUGCCACCGCGGAAGUCUAGCGAUGCUUCUUCCUCGACCGUCUUCACGCGGUCUUCGACCUCGAGCGUCGAUCAAGCGAAUCGUGUGCCGCGGCAUAGACUGAUGAGCUUCCUCAGCAAAACCGAGUCCAAUAACUCUAGCAUCGACGCGGUUCGGGAGAAGAAGAUGUCGAGUUCCAAGGCUGCGCUGAAAGCCAUUGGCGAGGCUGUCAGACAGCAAAAAUGGGAUGAUGCUAUUCAGAAGGCAAGCGAAUUUCUCGAGCGCGACCCAAAGCACUACCAAGCGAACACCUUUCUGGCUUUCGCGCUGGAUAAAAAGAACCGCGUUGAUGAAGCCGAGAAGGCGUACAAGAUUGCCGCGGCGGCGAAGCCGAAAGAGCCAACGGCAUGGCAGGGACUCAUCAAGCUCUACGAGAAGCAGGAUCGGAAGCGCUUAGAAGCGUACCAGCAAGCAGCCGUGAGCUUGGCAGAGAUCUACCGAGACGCGGAAGACAUGUACAGAUGCCAAGACGUCAUUGACAAGUUCAUCGACUUCGCCAGGUCUCAAGGCGACACCUCCCAGUACAUCGAGGCUCUAAGUGUUAUCCUCCCGGGAAGCCCCAUCUACUCGGCCCUCGAGGGACGGGUACCGCAUCCCGCCAAGACCUACGAGACGAUGGCACAGAUCAUUGAGACCGACGAGAAGAAGCGCAUCAACACACUCAUCGGCGAGCGCAGGACGAGGAUAGGAGCUCGGCUGAACGAAGUUACGCUCGAGGUGAAGCGUGAGGUCAUCAGCCAGAGCAAGCUCGAGUUCGUUUACCAGCAACUCAUCAAUUGGACAAACGACGACGAGCUUCGACGGAGAUACGAGGAGAAGCUUCUGCAGUGGUGCUAUGAUCGCCUGCUGGUUGCGCCGUAUGGUCCUGAAAAGGGACAGGCCUUACAGGCCGUCUUGAAGUUGGCCCUCGAUAUGGUCAUCAUCAAACACCCUUUCGGACUUGCUUGGGAGAUUGCCAUCAACUGGAAGGAUGCCAAGGAAAUCAAGGAGUGGGACGUUAACAUGUUGAGGGAUUACUGCUCGUUCUUCCCGGAAACAGACUUGUACAAAGUCAUCACCGGCUUUUUGACAAGCACCAUCUCUCCGUUUCCGAAGCCGACACCCGCAGCUCUCGAGGCAGAAGACACCGAGGAGGAGAGUGAAGACGAUGAGGGCGGCGGUGUAUCCAUGGUGCCCCUGACGGAACAGGAUAGAAUCCUGAUGAUGACUGACGGCAUCACAACAUCAGACUCACUGUUCGCUCAUCGUCUUAUAGGAGAGUACUACCAACACCUGGAAGAGUACGAGAGCACGGUGGAGCAGAUGCGGAAGUCCAUGGAGCUGCUCAACGCCGAGAGAACCAAGACUGGAAUGAGUUUCCAGAACACGAGUGAUGCCUUCUCCCUAUACCUUGGCACGGCGUUGGUAUUCUAUCAGUCCCCCAGGAAUCACGGCGAAGCCAAGAGGCUGUUUGAGGAGGUCCUCACCCAUGACCCAUCAUCCACCCCGGCACUGAUCGGUGUUGGUCUUAUUUACGAGGAGGAAGAGGAUUUCGACGACGCAAUCGACUUUUUCGGCCGCGCGCUGAAGAGAGAUCCUAGCAACCUUCGCGUCAAGACCGAAGCCGCCUGGGUCCAAGCACUGAAGGGUGACUUUGAGACAGCCAGGAUGGAACUAGAGGCUUCUCUGCCUCUGAUUGAAAAGCUGAACCCUCCAGCCAAGGAGCUUCUCGCCCAAACACAAUACCGCUUAGGGUCCUGCGUGUGGAACCUGGACACUUCGAAGGCAGCUCGCAAAAGUCGCACGGGUGCCUAUGUCUAUUUCUUGGAUUCUCUUAAGAACAACCUCAACUUCGCACCAGCUUACACCAGUCUCGGUGUUUACUAUGCCGACUACGCCAAAGAUAAGAAGAGAGCCAGGCGUUGUUUCCAGAAGGCUGUAGAGCUUUCGUCUUCCGAAGUCGAAGCUGCGAAAAGGCUUGCACAGUCGUUUGCUGACGAAGGCGAUUGGGAUCGAGUCGAGUUGGUGGCCCAGAGAGUAGUCGACUCUGGCAAGGUCAAGCCCCCUCCGGGUUCCAAGAGGAAGGGUAUCAGCUGGCCUUUCGCUGCGCUUGGUGUUGCUGAGCUGAACAAGCAGGACUUCCACAAGUCCAUUGUUUCCUUUCAGUCGGCUCUCAGGAUAUCGCCGGAGGACUAUCAUUCUUGGGUGGGCCUCGGAGAGAGUUACUACUCCUCCGGUCGCUACAUCGCUGCGACCAAGGCUAUCCUCAACGCCCAGAAACUAGAGGAGACUGCCUCGAAGGAGGUACUGGGCGACACUUGGUUCACCAAGUACAUGCUUGCUAAUGUCAGGCGUGAGUUGGCUGAAUUCGACGACGCCAUCGCUCUUUACCAGGAUGUCAUCGAAGAUCGGCCUAACGAAGACGGCGUGGCCAUUGCGCUGAUGCAGACCUUGGUCGACAAUGCGCUUGAUUCAAUCGAGAAAGGACUAUUCGGCAAGGCAGUGCAACUCGCCAAGGACACUAUCACCUUCGCAUCCAAGGCUGAUGCUGCCGUCGUUGAGACUUUCAACUUUUGGAAGUCACUCGCCGAUGCUUGUUCUGUGUUCUCAGCAGUACAAAGCAAAGCCGUGGAUUUCCCUGCAGAUACGAUCAUGAGCCUGAUUGACGGUGGCGACAAGCAGGCUUAUGACCUCUUCUCCGACGUGGAUAAUGUGGGCACUGGUGUCAUCUCUGCUAAGGGUCUUUUCUCCGAGGACGAGAGACUAGGUGUUGAUUUGACGAGAUGCAUCCACGCCACUAUACUUUGCCACAAGCGAGCAAUCCACGUCUCCGCAAACGACUUGCAUGCUCAAGCUGUUGCGUUUUACAACUUGGGUUGGGCAGAGCAUCGUGCCCAUAUCUGCUUGCCUGCUAGCAUCAGGAAGAAGUCAAGUGUUUACUUGAAGACCGCCAUGAAGUGUUUCAAGCGAGCCAUCGAGCUAGAGGCUGGAAAUUCCGAAUUCUGGAACUCACUAGGUGUUGUUACAAGCGAAAUCAGCCCGGCAGUAUCUCAACAUUCGUUCGUUCGAAGCCUGCAUCUCAACGAGCGCAGCCCAGCGGCAUGGACAAACCUGGGAACUCUGGCUCUUCUCCAGGGCGACAUGCAGCUUGCCAACGAGGCUUUCAAUAGAGCGCAGUCCACAGAUCCGGAUUACGCCCACGCUUGGCUUGGUCAGGGCUUUGUGGCACUCCUGUUCGGCAAGACGAAAGAUGCCAGAGGUCUGUUCACCCAUGCCAUGGAGAUUGCAGAAUCGUCUUCCGCUCUCACGAGGCGUCAAUUUUCCGUGUCUGUCUUCGAUCACAUUUUGACGACUACGUCCGCCAACAUCGCCUCGCUCAUCCAACCCAUCUUCGCUCUCGGUCAGCUGAACAACCUAAAGCCGCAGGAUCUGGCAUAUGGUCACCUAUCGACCAUGUUCUUGGAGCGUACUCACGAUAAUGUGAAGUCCGUCGAGAUUUUGGAGAAGAUUUGCGGUAUUUUGGAAGCUGAUUUUGAGGUUACCGAGUCACCCCAGUCCCUCGCCCAGUUUGCUUUGGCAAAGGCGGAUUUGGCGAGAUCGUACUUGGCGUCUGGAUCGCAUGAGCAAGCCAUCGAGUGCGGCGAAAUGGCACUUCAGCUGAGCAGCGACGAAUCGGACAACGAAUUGACCAAGGAAGAACGCAAGAAGGCUCGCCUUUCCGCUCACCUGACGGUGGGCCUGGCGCAAUACUACAGUGAGGAUGUCAAUGAAGCACUCCUUUGCUUCGAGUCGGCCCUGGAAGAAUCCGAUGGCAACGCAGAUGCCGUGUGUCUCCUGGCCCAAGUUCUCUGGGCUAUUGGUUCAGAGAGCUCCCGCGAGAAGGCUCGCAAUUCCCUCUUCGAGGUCAUUGAGAAGCACCCAGACCAUGUCCAGUCAGUUCUUCUCCUCGGUGUCAUCGCUGUUCUCGACAACGAUGAGGAGUCCAUCGAGGCCGUCGUCUCCGAACUGGAGGGUCUCCGCACCAGCGAUAAGGUUGCGGAGGUGGAGCAGUCUCAGAUUGGCGAGGUGCUCGGGGCCAUCGCGAAGCUUGGAGAGACGAGCACAGAUGAAGAUGUCUUGACGCAGAUCCAGACUGACAUUAUGCUGUAUCCCCAUCUUCCUCACGGAUGGUCGAACCUGGCAGGCUUCGGCGGCGAACAGUAUCCCGCCGAGAUGGCCUUGACCGUGGCUAAGAAGGGCGUCCCCCCUCGCGGAACGCUCGAAGCAGACGAUUUGGCCAGGGCAUACGCCGGUACUGGCGUUGCAGCGGAUGCCCAGACGGCUAUUUUCUUGUCUCCCUGGACUGCGGAUGGAUGGAGCUCUUUGAGAGAGAUUGUUUCUGGGAAUUAG